AUGAAACAAUACAAAAGCAAACGUGUUUUGGGGAGCAACAUCACUUCAUUAGCGGUAGAAACAGCUGCACAGACUUGUGCGUUGUCGCCUCCUAGCACUAGACCUGUUGAACCUGUGCUGGUUCCUGCACCGUCUUCACAAUCCUUCUCUUCCACUUCCACUUCUGCAAAACGACAACGCAAAGAAGAAAAGGCAAUCAAAGGUCUGCAUAUGAGUGCAGCUAUGAUAUCCAAACAAACAUUUAGAGGAAUGUACAUGCCAAGUACUCCUUUUAAGCUGCAAGACCCCACGUGUUGUACUUCAUGUGGUGCCAAGUUGUUUGCUUUCGAAUCGGCGCUUUUCUAUUGUUCUGGAGGUGAAAUUAUAAUAGCUACUAAUAAUUAUCCUACACAACUCAUAGAUUUGUUUUGUUCUCAAAGUGAAACUGCAAUACAUUUUAGGCAGUAUGCUCGCCUUUACAAAAAUAUGUUUGCAUUUAGUUCACUUGGAGGGUCUAUUGAUGCACGCACAUACAAGGCUGAUGAUGAUAAGGUGCCUAAAUUCUUACAGCUAUACUUCUACGAUGCUCAAUAUGAGAAAGAUCUUCGUUCCAACUUAUUCCCUGAAAUUAGACCUGAUAUGAUUAGUUUGUUAAUGGAAAUCAUGGAUCGUAACCCAUAUGCACAAUUCUUCCGAUCUUUGCGUGAUAUAGAUGUUGACGAGAAUACAAGGAUUUUCUUGAAUAAGAGUUUGAGUUUAGAUCAAAGGGUAUACAAUGCUCCCUCGUCUUCUGAAGUUGCUGCCAUUUGGAUUGAUGAUUUUCCAUCUGAUGAUUCAACAAGUCCAUAUAUAGUUGUUUGGGGAAAAUCAAACAAGUCUCACCGUAUCUAUCAUUAUUAUGGAUGUUACGAUCCCUUACAAUAUCCAUUAUUGUUUCCGUCAGGCGAUUGUGGUUGGCAUCAGGGGAUAAGAAAAUGUUGUAAUGGUGUUCGAAAAUCUAGGCGCAUUGGUAAAAACCCUAUUAGUCCACUAUUGGCUAAUACUGCGGAAGAAUUGCUUUUGGAUAAGGCUAUAGUUGUGCAAGAUGGUUCCAAGAAACGCAAAGAAAGGGUUUCAUGUCGAGAAUACUAUGCUUAUAGGCUUCAAAUUCGCCCUCACAAUUACAUUCUUAGAACUACUAGGCUAUUUCAGCAGUUCGUUGUGGAUAUGUAUGUGAAAAUAGAGAAUACCCGAAUUGACUAUUGCCAUAACAACCAAACACAAUUACGAGCAGAACUCUAUCAAAGGAUUAUGGACACAAUGAAUGCUGGUGAAUGUAGUGCAGCAAAUGUUGGGCGUCGUAUCAUUCUGCCACCUUCAUUUAUUGGUGGGCCUAGAGAUAUGAAGAAGAGAUAUUUGAAUGCUAUGGCACUUGUCCAAAGAUACAGCAAACCUGAUGUAUUCCUUACUAUGAAUUGUAAUCCAAACUGGAUUGAAAUCAAACAAGAGUUAGCUGAAGGUGAAAUUGCUCAGGAUAGAUCAGAGUACCCGGAGCAAUUUGAUCAAUUUGUGAGUGCUGAGAUACCAGAUGUCUCUAAUAAGUACUUACGAAGUAUUGUAUUACACCGUAUCAUGCAUGGCCCAUGUGGAGUAUUGGAUCCCCAAUUCUCUUGUAUGAUAAUGGAAAAUGGAAAGCCCCAAUGCAAGCAUCACUACCCUAAGGAGUUCUCAGCUUUCACCACACAUGCAGAUGAUGGUUAUCCUAUAUACAGAAGAUGCAAUACCGGCGAGACUGUCCGUGUUCAUAAAGUUGAGCUAAAUAAUCGUUGGGUUAUUCCUUAUAAUCUGUAUCUUCUUGCUUAUUUUGAUUGUCAUAUAAAUGUUGAAAUUUGCUCAACAAUUAAGGCUGUUAAAUAUCUUGAUAAAUAUGUAUACAAAGACCAUGAUAAGAUUUCAUUUGGUGUUGGGUCUAAUUGUGAGCAACAAGUGGUUGAUGAGAUUCAGGCAUACCAAUCCGGUAGAUGGGUUUCGCUGCCCGAAGCUGCGUGGAGAAUAUUUGGUUUUGACCUGUAUGAUAUGAAACUAGCGGUUAUGCCUUUACAGCAUCAUGUUUGGCAUUCACAAAGCAAACUUUGGAACAAACGAAAGCGAGGUACAUCAAUUGGUGGUCUUGCAUUUGUUGCACCGUUCGAAGGUGAACGUUAUUUUUUAAGAUUAUUGUUAGCACGCGUAGCUGGUCCAUGCUCUUUUGCUGAUCUUCUCACAGUUGACGGCCACACAUGUUCAACAUUCCAUGAAGCCGCUUUGAAAUGUGGUGUAGUUGAGCCUGAUGAUUGGAUUGAUCGAUGCUUAGAUGACGCAGUUACUAUUCACAUGCCUCAUGCUUUACGAAGGUUGUUUGCCACAAUUCUUGUUUUCCUUGAACCGAGUAAUCCUACUCAAAUGUGGGAUAGAAGCGAAGAUAUUUUGGUACAAAGAACAAGAGAUGUUAUUGACGCUCUUGAUGCUCCUAUUCCAGAGGCAUGUAAUGCUGCAAGGAAACAGCUCAACAAUGAACAACGAACUGCAUAUAAGUGUAUUAUUUCUCAUGUGAAAAGGAAAAAACCGGGUCUAUUUUUCAUUGAUGGCCCAGGGGGAACUGGCAAGAGCUUUUUAUACUGUGCACUGUAUGCAAAGGUACGCCUACUCAAUCAAAUUGUGUUACCGACAACAACUUCUGGUAUUGCAGCUUCCAACAUGCCUACUGGUCGUACUACGCAUUCUAGGUUUAAACUACCAUUUGAUUGUGGACAAUCCUUUACAUGUAAUGUCGGUAAGCAAUCAAGUGUCGCUUCUCUUAUUAAGAAAAGUUCACGGAUCAUAUGGGAUGAAGCUUCUAUGGCUCGUAGAGCUCGUAGAGAGAACAUCGAGUCACUUGAUUUGCUUUUACGUGAUCUAUGUUUACCUGAUGUUCCCUUUGGUGGUAAGGUUGUUGUUUUUGGUGGUGACUUUCGUUAA